UCGAAGUAUAAAGCGUUGUGGUGGUAGAUAAAGCAGUCAUUCGAACGCAAACUAAGCAACAGUGAAGGAGUGAAAACGAAGUAAAAAUUAAUAUAAGUGUAAUAAUAUAAAGUGAUACAAAAUAAUAAAAUACAAUGCGGUGGUUUAGUAUAUGUUGCGUCCUGCUAUUUGCUAUAGCUAGCACAUCAGCUGAUUGGUCAUGGAAUGACGAAAAGUCGGAUAAAGCUAUAGAAAAUGAGCCUAAAUCAUCAGAUUUGUUGGAAGGUGAAGAGAUGACUCAAGCAGAAGACAAAAAAUCGAAUAACGAUGGAUCCGUGCUCGACGAUAUUGUCGAUGAACUCGUAAAUAGCAAGCAAGGAAGAAGUUUGGGUGGUUUCGAUGACGUCUAUAGCGAUCCUACUAUAAAGGAAGCGUUAGAUGCAGGAGACGACAGCGAAGCAAGAAACUUAAUCAAAGGAAGACUUUGCACUCUGGGACUCAUACAAUGUGAAGAUGACGAUUCACAAGAGAAACGCACUUACUUAUCUCCAGAUCAACUGAUAUACGCCCAACCCGUAGAUAUUAAACCUAUUGGAAAACCAGUGGCUUCUAUUCCAAUUCGUGGACCCCCUAGAGCUUAUGGACCAGCAAAACCAAUGCCAUAUAGACCUUAUCCUCAGAAGGUUCCACCUAAGAGGCAAGGGUAUCCAGGAAACCGUCCCGGUUUUUCCGAAAAAUAUGGAACUGCCAGUAAUAGUUUCCAAUUUUCUCAAAACGGUGGCUCUUACGGUCAAGAUUUUAACUAUGUCACUAAACCUCCAAGCUAUGGAAAUGAAGGACCCUACUCGUUCGAAAAUCCUAAGCCAAUCUACAAUAAAAUACCCUCCACACAACAAUCAAAUACAAAGACUGAAGCUGUAGUUCAACAACAUGUUCAUCAUCACUACGUUCACGAUGACUCAAGCAAGGAUCCUAAAGUAAUUAUAAAACCAGUAGCUAUACCAGUAGGAUCAGUUGGUCACCUUGCGUCGCAGAUCCAUAAUCAAGAAUCAAGUGAUAUUAUAACAUCUUCAGGAGCUGAUUUCAGUGGAUUUAAUAAUGGUGGAUUUAAACCGAUGACUGGUGGUUUUGUUCAAAGUAAACCAGUAUACGAAAGCGAGACCAUUUAUGGUUCUCAGUUUGGGCAAAAUAACUUCAACAAAGGAAGCUCCAAUAUUGUGAGUCAAGGUCUCCCGAACCAGUAUACCGAAUCUGCAUUUGAUGAUCAAAAAUAUGGAAAUUCUUUAGGCUCAUAUGCUUCUCAAAACAACCAGUUUUAUAAGAAAGAACUUAACGUUGGUUCCAGUAAUAAUGUAUAUAACCAAGGUCCGGCAACAUUUGGUCAAAAUAAUCAAUAUCAAGAAAAUUAUCAUGCCGGUAAAGCUCAAGGCUUUGAAUGUGUCUGUGUAAAUUAUGAUCAAUGUCCUAGUCAAGAAAUUAUUGGUCGCAGAGAUGAUUUAUACUUACCUAUUGAUCCCCGUAACAAGGGCAGUGAAAUAUUAGCUGAAGAAUCAGACAACACCAAUUCAACAAGUGAAGUGUCGUCAACAACGACUAGCCAAAACGUUACUGAGGUCAAGAGUGUCACUAAACGCGAAGCCAAGUCUGAUAAAAAUGAAACACCAGCCAAAGAAAUAGAGCCGCGCCUCCUUGGACUCGCUGGCUAUGGCGGAAAUGGUGGUAAUAACAACAAACAAGUGCAGCCCACGUUUGGGGUCUCCUUUGGGUUGCCUCAGCCUUCUCACAGUUAUCCUGUCAAUCCUUUUAAUCCAAAUCCUUUACAAAACCCUUACGGACCUGCUCUAAAUUCAGGUGGCAUAAACCUUGGUUUACUCUCCGUUAAUCCAUUGUUAGCUGUACAAGUGACAAAGAACGAUUACGGGGAGAAAAUAGUAAAACCUUUUGUCAACUUGCACGUAACACCAAAUGAACAUGUCGUCAAUAAACUCGGACAUUUGUUUCAUGAAAAAAAAUUAUAUCUAUUAAACAAACAUGAACAUUAUCACCAUUACAAUAAUCCGCAUUAUAACCACAAUGUUCAUAAUCCCUACCCUCAACCACCAUAUCAGUUCCCACCGCACUACAACCCACAUUAUAGUCAGCCUCCUGUAUAUUCACCUCAUUAUUCUCACUAUCCUAAUCACUAUGGGAUAAAUUCUUAUAAUUCGUUAAGAACCCCUUCCUCUCAUGAUGAUUAUUACGAUGAUGAUAAUGUUAAUAAUUACGACAAUGACUACAAUGAAGGCGAUCAUUACGGCCAUGCACGGUCUGGUAAUGUAAGCCAAAACAUAGAUAAAAAUAAUUAUGCCAAUCGUUUUGCCUAUUCCCGAUCCCUAAAUAUUCCAAAUAACUCUCACGGGGCAAGCCGGGGAGAACAAGCAGUCCGAUUUCCUGAAAGUCGGAAAAGAAGAGACGUAAAGAUGGAAAAUGAUAAGCCUGAAUUUAUACAAGAGCGCCAAGGAUACUUCGGCCACAAUCAAAUUCAACAAUGUGGUCAAAAUCAAGUUUGCUGCCGCCGGCCUCUUCGUCCCCAAGCUUCAAAUCGUGGCCAAUGUGGAAUUCGACACUCCCAGGGAAUUAAUGGCAGAAUCAAAACACCCGCAUAUGUAGAUGGAGAUAGUGAAUUUGGAGAAUAUCCAUGGCAAGCGGCUAUCCUCAAAAAAGAUCCUAAAGAAUCAGUUUACGUUUGCGGUGGUACCUUGAUUGAUGGUCUUCACAUCAUGACUGCUGCUCAUUGCAUUAAAUCAUACAAAGGAUUCGAUCUACGAGUGCGCCUUGGUGAAUGGGACGUUAACCACGACGUAGAAUUCUAUCCUUAUAUCGAAAGGGACGUGAUUUCUGUUCACGUGCAUCCUCAAUACUACGCCGGUACUUUAGACAACGACUUAGCAAUCUUAAAAUUAGAUCACCCAGUUGAAUGGACUAAGUUCCCUCAUAUUAGCCCAGCAUGUCUGCCAGACAAAUACACAGACUUCUCAGGACAACGCUGCUGGACCACCGGAUGGGGUAAAGAUGCUUUUGGCUCAAAUGGAAAGUACCAGAACAUUCUUAAAGAGGUCGACGUGCCUGUCCUCCCUCACGGUCUGUGCCAACAGCAAUUAAGACAAACACGGUUAGGAUACAAUUAUGAGUUGAACCCCGGUUUUGUCUGCGCGGGAGGUGAAGAAGGCAAAGACGCUUGCAAAGGUGAUGGUGGUGGUCCCCUUGUCUGUGAACGAGGAGGCACAUGGCAGUUGGUGGGAGUAGUAUCUUGGGGUAUUGGUUGCGGCCAACCAGGUGUGCCAGGAGUAUACGUCAAAGUUGCACACUAUUUAGACUGGAUCUCACAGAUCACUGGAAAGUUUUCUCAUUAUUAGGUCAUAAUCGAAGUAAGACUUUUUGAUAUUUAAGUAUAUGAAUAUUUAAAAGAAGGUCGUUAUUUAUUUAAGAAUGUUAAUUUAUUAUUUUUCUUUGAACGGUAAUGUUCAGAGGUUUAAGUAAAUGCUUGUGCAGUUUAUUGUAAUACAUAUUUGAAUAAAAAAUUUUAAACAUA